UAUAAAAUUUUGAAAUUUUUUCCGGAGAACGAAACAAACAAAGCAGAAAGCAACCUGCGACAUAAAAUCCACCGCUUAAUUUAUCCGAUUGCGCGACUGAAAUAUGUCCGAUGCCGAAAUAAAUUUCUAAAAUUAAGUUUAAAUGCGAUUAAUGAAUCUAAAUGAGAUUAUUAAAUGCGAUGGUCGGUCCGAAAAAAGAGAAAUAUUAGAUAAAGUUCUGGAGAAACGAAAGGAGCUGAACAAUGGCCAGGCGGAAGGCGGACAGUCAGCAUCCGUACGUACAUCCCGGCGUGUAUCCUACUCCCACACGUCAGUAGUAUGGAUUUUACGCGGUUGUACGUGUGAGAAAACACUCAUUGUUGUUCACGGAAAAGAGGAAUCCGAUAAACUAGCUCUGGAGCCUGCGUGCAGCAAUAUUUCCAGCACCACCUUGAAUGAAAACCGUUCUCAGGCACAACUCCAAAUAGCUUUGGCUGACUUCCUGUCCGGCCGAAAAGCGGUGUUGGUGGCCACUAAUGUUGCUGCCCGUGGUUUAGCUAUUCCGGACGUGGAACAUGUCAUCUACUGGGAUUUGCCGCGCACGGCGGCCGACAUGGACGAUUACGCUCAUCGCAUUGGACGAACUAGUGGCGUCGGCAACGAAUUCCUCACCACCACGUUUUACACAUCCCGAGAUGUUCACAUUGCCCCGCGCUUGAUCGACAUCUUGCACAGCUCAGGAGCACGUGGUCCUGAUUGGCUGUACGAAGAAGCGGGAAUGACACCCGCGGCCAACGGUGAUAAAAAGUUUUGGCGCCCAGAAUAAUCGUCCAAGAAAAUAAGUAGAAAAAUUUUGUUAUAGAAAAAUUCGGACAAAUAAAGUUAUCGGCCGCAGCGAAGGCCGAACUAACAUGCGCUAUA